AUGGCGGAAGCUGCCCGUAGUGGCUUUCAAGCCGCAUUUAAGAGUCUUCGCAGCUCUGGCGCUUUCUCUGAUCUCACUAUUACUUGCGGAAACGACAGUUACCAACUCCACAAAGCAAUCGUAUAUACACGCGCCCCAAAGCUCGCUCUGGCGAAGCAGAACGAAGAUCAACCACCACACGACAAGCUUACUCUCUCGGCCAAAGACUCUGCUACUUUCAAACUACUAUUACAGUAUAUCUACGAAGGCGAAUACGACCCAGUGCUUCCCGACAACAAAAAGACUUGGCAUAAUGGACCUACACCCGUAGCCGCUCGUCUCGUUGAUGAUGGCGAAGGAAAUCGUUUCUCGUACGGCUUCCCUCACAAAUGCAAGGCUGGAUUUUGUACAGGCUGCAAUAGCAAGUUCCUCUGUCCUCACCAUGUCUGUGGUCCCAAAACCUGCGAUCAGUCGACAAAGUGCACUACUAGUGGUUUUACUUGUCUAGUGUGCAAGCCCUCGCUUCCGAAGGUCACUGGAGGAUCAAAGCAGCUUUUGCAUCACAUCAAGCUAUACACUAUGGCUGAGAAGUACGACGCAAUUGGCCUGCAAGAUCUCAUCAAGGAAAAGUUCAGCCGGGCUUGUCGGAUGUUCUACGAUACACCUGAGUUCGCUCAGGCGGCGCGCGCGGCCUGGAGCUCACCUGAGGCAGAUGGAAUGGGCCUGCGCACUAUGAUCUCUCAGAUGAUCGCGUGUAACAUGGCGAUGAUUGAGAAGCCUGAGAUUGAGGACCUUCUUGCAACGUUUCCUCGUCUGUCUCAUGACGUCCUGAAGCAAAAGAGGGAGAGGGAGAAGAACGGCGAGGGAAAGGAAUGCACUGUCAUGUAG